AUGCCACCAUAUUAUGGUACAUCACUACACUAUCGCCGUUACUUCAAGUACAAUGUUGAUCAAUACGUGCGUGAGAAUAAUAAUGGUGUUGAAUGUGAUGAUAAUUGUAAUGAUUGUGAUGAAGGAGGUGGUGGUGAUGAAGGUGGUGGUGAUGAAAGUGGUUGUGUGGACGGUGAUUGUGAUGAAGGUGGUGGUACUGGUGGUGAUUAUGAUGAAAGUGGUGGUUGUUAUUUUGAUAGUGAUGAUGAUGAUGAUGAUGAUGAUGAUGACGGUGGUAUUUGCGAUAAUGGUGGUGGGAAUGGUUGUUAUUGUUGUUGUAAUGAUGAUGGUGGUUGUGAUGAAAGUGGUUGUAAUUAUGAUAAUAGUGAUGAUGAUGACGGUGGUAUUUAUGAUGAAGGUGGUAGUAAUGGUGAUGGUGGUAAUGGUGAUGCUGAAUGUCGUUAUUGUGGUGGUAGUGAUGGUGAUAAAUAA